AGUGCCCACGGACAGGACUCCAGCUCCUCUCUAUUGUAUCUAUCUGAAAUCUACAUUUCUGAGUUUGACGGUGUGGAAAAGGAAGAAGAAAAAUAUGAGGAGUGUUUUUAUGCGCACAUUGUAAGGCUUGGCUUUGUGAAAUUUUUGUGAGAAUUUUUGGAAUCUCUGCAUUUGGCUUUUCAUUAUGGAUCGUUCUUUUCUAUUACGGUUCUUCGAUUCUUUUCUAUUACGGUUCUUCGAUCUCACUUUGGAAAGACAACUGCAUACAGUAUCCCGGGAUGGUCCUAGUGACACAUUGAAGAGAAAAAUUUCUUCAUUAGAGAAGAAGAGGAAAAGCAAGAGCCCUAGAAAAAAUCAACUUUUUGUGGAAGUUCCUGAACCAGGAACUUACCUUGAUACAGCAACUAUGCCGAUGAUACUAACUGCAGUGGGAGUUGCACUCUUUGCAAAGCUCCUGAUGAUGCUUGAUGAGUCCAAGUCUCAGGAGAUGAUUGAGCGGAAAAUAAAGAAUGCCCCUGCUGGUCAGGGAACUGUUAGGAUGCUCACUCGUGAGGAGUGGGAAGAAAUUCAGGAAGUACGGCCAAGAACUCCAUUUGAAUCUAAGCUUGCUCGUCCAAAUGCACGAAUAAGGACUGGGGAACCAUUGCACUUGGUAAAAUCAAAACUUAAUCUAUUUCUUUCCCUUUCUUGGUUUAAACUAUUUGAAAAAAUAUUACGUACCCUUCAGUGGACAAAAGCAAAACCUAUACUUAUUCAAAAUUUUAUGGACUUUCACUCCCCAAAGGAAGCCUUCUGCCUUCAAGUGCAAGUCUAACACUUGGUAGUUCGCAGUUGAAUGAUUUCAUGUUUUUAUUGUAGCUUCAUUUCAUACUUUCAUGCAUUAUUAUGUAAUCCAGCAUAUCGUCUAUGCUAUCCUUGUACUUUAGUUACUAGGUAAUAAGGUUAGUUCAUUUAGGAGGAGCCAAAGUGAUGCAGAACGGGAAAGAAGUAUGAAAAAGAAAAGAGAAUUUGGAGACAGAAAUUUCAAUAUCUGAAUAAUAUAAUAAUCAGUUCAAUACUCUAUGUAAUCGAAAAAUUAUACCCCUAUUUAUCCAUAAAAUCUAUAAUAGAAAUGAAAGGAAAUUUUCGUAGUUUAAAACUAAUAAUAUGGAAAAUGUUAGUCCUAUAGUAAUGUAUGUGCUAACUUGAACUAAUCACGCUAUACGAACAGGUUCAGUGA